CGUUUGGCAUGACUGGGGCGAGUUUGGCCAAUUCGUUUGAGUAAUUUCCUAUUGCAGUCAAUAAAUUGCGAAUUUCUCAUAAACGAGUCAUCAAUUUAUAAAUGUUACAGGGUUUCUUAUUUGUCACUUAACUAAGAUGGUCACAUGAUCUACAAUGGGAAGAAAUGAUUUCCAGAGUGGUGAUUUAGAUUCUAUAGAGAAUGUGAUUGGGUUGUCACCGAAGGAUCCUCUAAAUGGCUUUGCAGAAAUCUGGUACCAAGUGUUCCUGUGGGCAUUGUUCUCAUCGAUAUUUGUUCAUGCUGUGGCAGCCAUCAUAGCUUUCUGCAGAUUAAGAAAGCAUAAGAUUGGCCGCUUCAUUCCUGCCGUCAUUCUAGUCAUGGGUGUUGUUAGCCCUCUUACAGGAGGAGUAGCUACAAGUGCAGCCAUCGCUGGUGUGUACAGGGCAUCCGGAUUCACAAUGGCACCUCUCUAUUCACUGGUGUGGGGUGUCGGACAGACCAUACUUGUGAUCUUCAUAUCAUUUACGAGGAUUAUAGCAACAUUAUGAACGGUCUACUCAGUCUGAUGGACACUGUUGGGGACUGGUUCAAACACUGGUUUUUCUUGUGCUAUUUUGACUCCAAUUCUAAACCCAGAUCUCCUUAUGGUGUGUGAUAGAAAUAGUAGUGCCAUUUUGGACUGUGAGUGAACAAUGGAAUUAGCCAAAAGAGAUACAUCUUUGAGGACACAUAAUAUAACUGUUAAGGAUAACAUGCUGCAGACAGGCUCAUCAAAUUUCCAAUCGGAUGAUGUAAAUCUACAGUUGUAAUGCAUGUAACUGCUAAAAUGUACAUACAUAUACAUAAAAAUGUAUUUAUUGAUUUGUAACCAUACUGUAUUGUCAAUAUUUAAAAGAAUAAACUACUGUCAAAGACUACAAAUUGGAGCUUUUAUUUUUCCAUGCUUCUUUUCCUGGUUACCAGACAUGCCAGAUGUG